UCAUUACAAAAGAGCUUCUUCAACUAGGAACCACUUAGAAGCUUCACAAGCAGAGGAAAAACACAUACGCUGAGAGGGAAGAGAGAAGAAGAUGGGGAAUUAUAGGUUUAGGUUAUCAGAUAUGAUCCCUAAUGCUUGGUUUUACAAGCUCAGGGAUAUGGGGAAGAGGAAGAACCAGGCAAUGGACAAGAAGAAGAAGAAGAAGAAGGAAUCUUUAUCUACAUCGACUCCGACAACCUCAAAGACAUCAAAACCAAAGCAACCCCACCAGAGCAUUCCCAGAAAGUCUUACUACUUUACGAGGGAGCUGAAUUGUCCAACCGAUAGGAUCUACACUUCACCACCUUCCUCAAACCCCAAAAUUUCUGUUUCGGACACCAAUUUCCCAGAAACACCCAGAAAAUCCUCGUCCAAACAGAGACCUAAGAGAAGAACCACAAAAACUUCUCCGAAGCUCGUGUCUUCCUCCGUUUCUUCUGGCUGUCACUGCCGAACCACUCUCGAAUCCGUUUGGACCAAGUCGGAUUCCCCAGCUGACAACUCAUCGUCUCCGUUUGAUAGCUCUGUCGAAUCAGAAUUCCCAGAGCCAGAGUUCAGAACAGACCGUGUCCUGCCCACAGAGUCGUCAUUUGAUGAUGAUUGCAACAGCAGGCUAGAGUUUCACGAAAACGACAUCGUAAUCGACGUGGACAAGAAUUCUAUCGCAAGAAAAGAUGAUAAGCUUGAUGGGUUGGAUCCAUUUUCCGAGCUGGAACUACCUCCGAUCAUAACGAAGCCAACGAAAUUGAAGAAAGAAACCAGAGGAACCAAACCCAGAAACAGAGGGCGCACAUUCGAAGAACAGGGGAAUCUGAAAGUCAAGAUUUUGAAGGAAGACCCGGCGCUGAAUAGAGAACAGAGGACGCCCCAGGUUCGGAGAUUCUCCGUCAGCUCGCCGGGAGUGAAGAUUCGGGUGAAUUCCCCGAGAAUAAGUGGUAGGAAGAGUCAGGGGUAUAGUGGCCGGAAAAGUGUAUCUUCGUCGUCGAGGAACUCCCGGAGAAGCCUCUCCGAUAGCUUUGCGGUGGUGAAGUCGUCGUUCAACCCGCAGAAAGAUUUCAGAGAGUCAAUGGUGGAGAUGAUUGUGGAAAAUAAUAUCAGAGCAUCGAAGGACUUGGAAGAUCUUCUUGCUUGCUAUCUCUCUCUGAAUUCAGAUGAGUAUCACGACCUCAUCAUCAAAGUGUUCAAGCAGAUAUGGUUUGAUUUGACCGACACCCAUUAGAAUUUUAGAACUAUUAAAACCAAAAAUCCUCAAUCAAUUUCUCUGCUUUUAUAUAUAUAUAGUUGCACUUGUGGAUAUGAUAUCUUCCUUGCUUUCCUCCUAGUUUGCAAAAUCUUAGCCUCCAAUUUCAUAAUCCAUACCCAUGCAUUGCAAGAUUAAGUUAGACAAAGAACGUAAUUGUAUCUAUUUGCAUCUUCAUUAUAGUAAAUCAAUUUAUUUUCAUGCAUUUGGAUA